UAGCAGAGCUCCGGCAACGCUGAAGCACACCAGAAGCCUUCACAGAAGGAUUGGCCGACAAUAUGACAACGGCUGACGGGGCUUUUACCCUCUAAAAAUCAGUUCUUACAGUAAAACGACCGGUAACAUCUGCACUAUCCCUCCUGACAUCUGUCACGACGAGCCUGAUUUAACCUCGCUGAAACCGACGCCAUAGCUAGCGGGUGUCUAUGACAUAGGCUAGCAUGAACGCAACGAUAGACCGCAUUCACUUCCAGCUCGUCUUUCCUGUCUGAUUCAUGGAAUGGGAUGCCUUUCUGUCGAGAUUUCCUCUCCCUUCUACCAAGGACACUGGAUGGAAUUGCUAAAACGAUGCGAGUGGUGUUAAACUACUAAUUAUGAAACACAUGUUUUCGUCUCGACUCCACACUUGAUGCAGGCUUGUUGACACGGCAUAGGCUAAAGCCCGGUUCGAAUGGUGAACUGAUCUGUCAUUUUUUUUAAAAAAAAAUUGCUUUAUCCAUUUUCAUGCCAUUUCUGCCGCAUGCAAGUUUUGGACGAUGGAUCUGCUUUGUAUAUUAUGUUUGACAUCAGCGAACGAGUGGGCGGAUGUUCAAUGAUUUGAUACCCUUUCGUGAGAAUGUAACCGGGCGGUGAAGUGGGACUAUCCGAUUUUCGUGUCUCCACCGCGGGCGUCGAGUGUUAGGCGGACCAGCAACGAUGCCACGGAGUUUGCGAAGGCUUCUGCACCUGGUGCUAUUCUGCCCUUUAUCGAAAGGCUUGCAGUCUCGUAUGCCAGCUGUGAAAGUGAAGUAUUUGCUGCUGGUGUGGGUGGGUAUCCUGCUGGCCAGCUGGGUCCUCUACAUGCAGUACUCGUCCUACUCCGAGCUGUGCAGGGGACACGUCUGCCACAUGGUCAUCUGUGACCACUACCGUAGAGGAAUUAUUGCUGGCUCAGCAUGUAAGGCUCUGUGUGAGGAGAGAACCCUCAACCUGCAGAGAUGUCUGUCCACGUCAUCAACACAUCAGGUAUACAAUGGGAUGUGGAAGGAGAAGGCAGUGGUUAUAAAGUGCGGAAUUGAGGAGGCAGCCGGUGGUGAGGGCGUCCCGGGCUCUGCCUUGCGGCCGGAGAGCAGCCUCUUUGACAAGCCGGCCCGGGGCACCUCCAUGGACGAGUUCAGAGAGAUGCUGCACUCUUUCCUCAAGGAUAGUCUGGGAGAGCAAGCAUCACUUAGUACACUGGUAGCACGGGUGGUCACACUGGCUGACGUCAACCAGGACGGCAAGGUGUCUCUGGCCGAGGCGAAGUCGGUGUGGGCGCUGCUUCAGGUGCCCGAGCUGCUAGUGCUGCUAGCGCUGGCCGGCCGCGAGCACACGCCGCGCCUGCUCGGCUUCUGUGGCCACCUCUACGUGACGGAGCGCGUGGCCCACGGCGCCCUCUGGCGGCUGGAAGUGCCACCCGCCCUGCAUCCCGUGGUCCCGGAGGCGGUUGGCGUGGCGCUCAACCGCUGGCUGGCCCCCGCCUGGCCGCGGCGGGCGCGCAUCAGCAUCGGCUUGCUGGAGUUCGUGGAGGACGCCUUCCACGGCGCCUACGGCAGCUUCCUCAUGUGCGACUCGGGCCCGGCACGCGUGGGCUACAGCCAGCAGUACGACUGCAAGAUGGCCGACCUGCGCGGCGUGGCCAGUGAGGCGGCCGUGAGGGGCCAUCUCCGUGGCCGCCCGUGCCAGACCAACGCCGACUGCACGUACGGCCGCGACUGCACGGCCACCUGCGACCGCCUGGCGCGCCAGUGCAACACGGAGGUGGUGCAGCCCAACCUGGCCAAGGUGUGCGCGCUGCUCCAGGGCUUCCUGCUCUUCGGCGCCCCCGCUGACCUCCACGCCGACCUGGACAAGCAGCUGCGCACCUGCGUCACCCUCAGCGGCCUGGCCAGCCAGAUGGAGGUGCACCACUCACUGGUGCUCAACAACCUCAAGACGCUGCUCUGGAAGAAGAUCUCCAACACCAAGUACUCCUGAUCUCAGACGAGAGAGAGAGAGAGAGAGAGAGAGAAAGAGAGAGUGAGCGAGGAGGAAAGAGGGAGAAUGCAGAGAUGGAAGGAGGAAAGAAAAGACAGAAGGGAGAGUGGUGCAGAGAUGAGAGUUGAAGAGAGAUGGGUGUCUCAGAGAGGGACACCCAUCUUGGAGAUGGAGCAUGCAGGAGUGAAAGUAAAAAAAUAAAUCUGGGAGCGACUGCUGGAAAAGGAGAACGUGCAAAAUGAAGCAAAGGUUAAAAUAGCACCACUGUGCGUAGGCUACUACAGGAAAGGGAGCAAUGCUGGACUGGACUGGACUUAACUAGACGCUGUUUUGUACCCUUGUACAGACACUGCUCAACUCUCAUCCCUGCACUCCCACAUUCACCUGCAUCUCCCUGCCCGCUACCACUCAACCUAAGAACAGAGAAGGCACCACUACGGGUCUCAACUUGGGACACACAGUGCAGUCCUCAUUAUGCCACCCGAAGACCAUUUGUAAACCCUUGGAGCAAUGGGAAAUGACUCCUGACUCUUGAAUGGAAGAUGAUUGUUUUGAAUUUGUGCACUACACCUAGAUUCACAAUACUGUAGUUUGGUAGACUAGGGGGUAGUGCCCUUCUGAGCCGAUAUAUGAUAUUGGGAAGAGAAUUUCACUAAGUACGUACGAGAGGCAUACUGAAGCAGUCAGUCACUCAUUACUACACUGUCCAGCACUAAACAAAUUCUCCAUUAUGGAAUACUGCACUGUGUGUGUUUGUGUGUGUGCGUGUGUGAGUGACAGAGAGAGAGAGAGCUAGAGAGCGAGAGCAAGAGUGAAUGAAACCCUGGGAUAUGGAAGAUAAUACCUCUGUUACAGUCCUGUGCAGUGACCCUCAGGCACUUUAGUUUCUAAAUGUCGCUCCAUCCGCUAACGUCAUGAGUGGACCCUCAACCUUGUAUUAUGCAUCUCACAUGUGUAUCCACAAGACGGAUAGGCUAUUUAUUGAGACUCAAAGACUCUUGCAACCCUUUCAGGGAACGCUGCUUGAUUCUGCCAGGGAGACUACCAUUUCAACAACUGUGUGCUUGUUGAACCAGUGAUGGCUAUGUUUUUUUUCUUUUAAUGAUUCACUGGGAAAGAAGCUUGGGAUGUGUGUGAGUGGGUGUAUGAUAGAGAGAGAGGGAGAGACCUGAUCAGAUGUUUGUGGAUGAAAGGUAGAUUGUCAUUUAAAGUUGUGUUUGCCGCUGGAGUUUUGUUUUUAUGAGCAAUGAACAAAUGAUUUGGUGAAUUGUGUACAUACAGUGCCCUCCACAUGUAUUGUAAGCUCUACUAAAGUUGAGUAAAAGGAGGUAACAGAAAAAUCA